GUGCCGUAAACACACCAUUCUGUCAAGAUGGCCCCGCUCUCCGUGUUCCGAGUGUCGCUUCUGGUGUCAUUUUCAGUGUUUCUGACGGUUGUGUUGGGUUUUGGACUACCUGCUUUACUGAACGUAGCGAUGAGGAUGUUGGGAUUACCGGAGACGAGUGUAACCGAGUGCAUAGUUGUGCUGUAUUUACUUUUUGUGUUGUACGUGGCGACGCCUCGAAUUCCUAGAGGAUUGGUGGAGGUGAAGGGGAAAGCUGUGUUUGUUACAGGUUGCGACAGUGGAUUUGGUCAUGCCCUUGCCAAACAUCUGCACAAGCUUGGCUUCACAGUCUUUGCUGGAUGUCUUUUCAAGGAUAAAGGUGGAGAGGGUGCAAAGGAACUAGAAGAAUUUCAUUCAGAUCGCAUGAAGGUAGUCCAGCUGGAUGUCUGCAGCGAGGAGCAGGUGGACCAGGCUGCAGAAUAUAUCAAAGACAACCUGAAGGACUCAGGAAGUGGUCUGUGGGCUGUGGUGAACAACGCCGGUGUGUCCACGUUUGGAGAAGUAGAGUUCACCGCCAUGGAAACCUACAAGCAGGUGUCGGAGGUGAACCUCUGGGGCACCAUCAGGGUCACCAAAGCUGUUCUGCCGUUAAUCCGCAGGGCCAAAGGCCGUGUUGUCAACCUGGCCAGCAUGUAUGCGAGGAUGGGAAAUGCCCUGCGGUCACCUUACUGUGUAUCGAAAUAUGGUGUGGAAGCAUUUUCUGAUUGCCUUCGCUAUGAGAUGAAGACCUGGGGAGUUAAAGUGUCCAUAAUCGAGCCGGGGAACUUCAUUGUGGCCACCGGCAUCCUGACCCGAGACGUUGUGGCCAGCACGGCCAAUAAGCUGUGGACUGAGGCGCCCUCGCAUGUGAAGGAGGAUUAUGGGAAAGCCCACUUUGAGCAACACAUGGCUCUGAUGCGCUCUUACUGCAACAGCGGACAGAAGGAUGUGUCCCCUGUUCUGGAUGACAUCACUGAUGCCAUCAUAUCCAAGCGUCCGUACACACGAUACAACCCCAUGGAGCCCCACUGGUGGAUCAGACUUCAGCUGAUGACCCAUCUGCCUGCCGCCUUAUCCGACUUCUUCUACUUCUAAAAAGAGGGGCUGUUCCCGUACAAGCUCCCUCCGUUUCGUAUAGCAGCAUAUUAUUCAACUAUGUAGCGCUACACAAAUGUACAGACUUGCUCUGAAGAGGACUCUCUGCUACGUAUAUCUUUCCUCAGCACUUUAAAUCAUUCACUGAUCAAGCCUUAAAACAUAGUUGUUUUUUUAUAAACUCAAAGUUAAUUAUUGCACUUUGCUUAUUGCAUGUCUUACAAGAACCAUAACGUUAUCCGUACAGAUGUAUUGCAUGAUAAGUUGUAACAACUGUGUUGGAUAUCAGUGAGGCUAUGACAUACUCAUAGAUAUAAAUACUGCAUGGUUAUUGCUUA